AUGUCUAAGAACUUAGCCCUCUCACUUGAACUUCCAUGGGUCGAGAAGUACCGUCCCCACAAGCUUGACGACGUGGUAGGCAACGAAGACACCGUAGAACGGCUUAAACUCAUUGCCAAAGAUGGUAACAUCCCUCAUAUGAUUAUCUCCGGACUCCCGGGGAUAGGAAAGACCACUAGUGUUCAUUGCCUAGCCUUGGAAUUGCUUGGAGCGCAAUUGUAUAAGAGUGCCACGUUAGAACUUAAUGCGUCUGACGAUAGAGGCAUUGAUGUUGUUCGGAAUAAGAUCAAGCAGUUUGCACAGACCAAAAUCCAAUUACCUCCGGGAAGACAUAAGAUAGUGAUAUUGGAUGAAGCCGAUUCGAUGACUCCUGGAGCUCAACAGGCACUCAGAAGAACGAUGGAGCUUUACUCCAACACCACGAGAUUUGUAUUUGCCUGUAACCAGCUGCUGAAGAUCAUUGAGCCCUUACAGCUGAGAUGUGCUAUUCUCAGAUACACCAAGUUGAGCGAUGCUCAGGUGUUGAAACGUCUUUUGGAGGUGUGUCAAGCUGAAGACGUCAAGUAUAACGAUAGUGGAUUGGGUGCUUUGAUAUUCACGGCCGAAGGUGACAUGAGACAAGCCAUCAACAACCUACAAAGUACUGUUGCUGGGUUUGGGUUUGUUAAUGACAUCAAUGUGUAUAAGAUUGUUGAUCAGCCACAUCCAUUGGUGAUUCAAAAGAUCUUGAGUUGUUGCAUUGCAGACAGCAACAUCAACGAAGCCUUGAGCCUAUUAGAUUCGUUAUGGUCAAAGGGUUAUUCCGCCAUUGACAUCGUCACUCUGAGCUUCAAAGUUGCAAAGACGAUCCCCAACGUUGAUGAGGGUAAAAGACUUGAUGUUAUAAAGGAAAUUGGUUACACUCACAUGAGAGUUCUUGAAGGAGUGUCAACGUAUUUGCAACUUUGCGGAAUGCUUUCAAAGAUAUGCCUGCUUCAAUAG